GCCAGCCCCUGUCCAGCCCUUCUCCAGCAACUAACCUGAGCGACACGCAACACACAGUUUCCACCACUUCAAGGCUUUGCAUUAAAAGAUGAGAAGAAUGAUGCAUAUAGUGUUGCUCCUGGCUCUCCUGGGAGGGGUUUUCUCAGCUCCAUUUGUUAAUGAGGAGCAGGCCAAGAGGUUCAUUCGUCCAAAGAGGCAGGAGGGCUACUGGGACCCCAACCACUCACAGAACAUGUGGGGCUACACCAUUCAGGAGCAGGCCAAUGAAUACUGGACUGCUUUGAGAACAGAUGCUCAGUAUUACAUGGACAUGGGCAACCUCAUGUUUGACCGCUCUGUGGCUGAUGAGAAUAACAGGCUGUAUAUGGAGAUGCUGAGGAAUGCGAGGGCGCACCUUGAUGCCCAGACAGCCAAACACUGAUAGAUCUAAUCAGCCGACUCCGUGAAUGAUGCUGAUUCAUGACGGCCAGGCACCAACAAUGCCAUCUGACACCAGUGUCCAGUAGAGGUCAGCAGGAAGGGAACAGCACUGUGGGUGGACCUGCAUUGUAUUGGCUUGCUUUGUAGUGUAGAUCUCUAGUGAUGUUACACCUAUAUGGUAAUGAAUUAGCAACUCAAAUAGUCCUACACACUUAAAAGUAAUGGCUCUUCAAGAAUGAUUAAAUGGUUGAUUAAAUGGUUCUU